ACGACAUGAAUGGGUAGAUCAAAAGCUGCUAUAUUUGAAGCCGAUCCCAUCCCGACUUGGAAUUCCCACGAAACUCUGCAAGUAGGUUCAGUGGAAAUUAGCAGUCAAACAACCUCUCCAUCUUUCUCUUCUUCAACCCCUCGGUGGAAAUAUGAUGUCUUUCUGAGUUUUAGAGGUGAUGACACCCGCAAGACUUUUACAGACCACUUAUACUCUGCAUUGGAACACCAAGGAAUCAUAACUUUUAGGGAUGAUCCUGAACUUCAAAAAGGGAAGGUUAUUUCUCCAGCAUUUUUAGUUUUUACUAUGAUUGAAGAAUCAAAAUUUUCUCUCAUUGUUCUCUCACAAAAUUAUGCAUCGUCAACAUGGUGCUUGGAUGAACUUGUAAGAAUUCUUGAAUGCAUGAAAGCAAGAGAAAUGGUGCUGCCCAUUUUCUACAAUGUCGAUCCCUCUGAUGUUAGAAAGCAAAUGGGAAGUUUUGGAGAAGCCUUCGUACGUCACGAAGAAAGGUUUAGGGAUGACAAAGAGAAAGUGCAAAGGUGGAGAUAUGCUUUAACAGAACUGGCAAGUAUCUCUGGGUGGAAUGCAAAGGAAUGGUAUGAAUCAAAGCUCAUUUCAAAUAUAGUUGAAGUUAUAUGGAAAAAAUUGCGACCUACAUCAUUCAAUGGUGCAGAAAAUCUAGUUGGGAUUGAUUCAAGAUUGCAGCAAGUCAAUUUGCUUUUAGGCGUAGGGCUGAAUGACGUCCGCUUCAUUGGCAUAUGGGGAAUGGGCGGCAUUGGUAAGACAACUGUGGUAAGACUGGUGUAUGAGAGAAUCGCUCACGAAUUUGAAUUUAGUUUCCUUCUCACUGAUGUAAGAAACUCCGUUGAAAAAAAUGGUCUACUUAAUUUACAAAAGCAACUUCUCUCGGGGAUUUGGACAAAAAUGGCUGAUAUAUCAGAUCUUCAUGAAGGUGCCACCAUUAUAAGGAGGUUGCUAUGUCACAAAAAAGUUCUUCUCAUUCUUGAUAAUGUCAACCACUCUAGCCAUUUAAAAUAUUUGGCAGGAAACCAAGAGUGGUUUGGUUCAGGGAGUAGAGUUCUUAUCACAACUAGGGAUGAGCAUUUGUUGAUUGAACAUGGAGUGGAGAGAAGAUUGAAGGCCGAAGUUUUAAAUGGAACUGAUUCUCUUCAGCUUCUUAGCCGUAAGGCAUUCAAAAGAGAUUAUCCUGAAGAAGCUUUUCUUGGUUUGACAGAACCUGUUAUAAAUUAUGCCAAAGGUCUUCCAUUAGCUCUUGAAGUACUGGGUUCUUUUUUGCACGGAAGAGAUGUGAUUGAAUGGAAGAGUGCAUUGAGAAAACUGGGAAGAGUUGGCAACUUGGAAAUUUUCGACGUGCUUAAGAUAAGUUACAAUGAUCUAGAUUCUGAAGAGAAGAAAAUAUUUCGCGUAGCAUGUUUCUUUAAUGGACAUGAAAAAGAUCGAGUAACAGACGUCCUAUCCAGUUGUGAUGUUUCUGCAAUUAUUGGAAUAAAAGUCCUCAUUGAAAGGUCUCUUUUGACUCUUUCAAAUGGAAGACUAUGGAUGCAUGAUUUGCUCCGAGAAAUGGGUCACGAAAUUGUCCACCUGGAAUCUCCUAAUGAGCCAGGCAGGUGCAGUAGGUUGUGGCUUCUUGAAGACAUCAAACACGUCUUGACCAAAAAUACUGGAACUGAAACAAUAGAAGGCAUAUAUGUGGACUCAACUGAAUCAGGAAUAGAGGUGGAUGUGACCCCGAAAUCAAUUUUAAUGAUGAACAGAUUGAGAUUCUUGAAGAUUAAGAAUGGAAACCUUCCUAAGGGGCUUGAUUAUCUUCCCAAUAGUUUACGGAUUCUUGAUUGGAUGGGUUAUCCGUCAAAAUCUCUGCCAUCACAUUUCAACCCUCAGAAGUUGCUCGAACUUAGUUUGCGUCACAGUUGCAUUAAACAUGUUCGGGUAGGAACUGAGCCUUUAUACAAUUUGAAAUCCAUUGAUCUGAGUCACUCUCUGAAUCUAGUCAACACUCCAAACUUUAAAGGUGUGCCACAUCUCGAGGUUCUGUUUCUUGAAGGUUGUAUAAGAUUAUAUGAGGUUGACCCAACAAUUGGAGUGCUUGAAAGACUUACUGUGCUGAACUUGAAAGAUUGCAAGAAUCUUGCGUGUCUUCCAAGCAGUGUAGGUGGCUUAAAAUCUCUGAAAGAUCUCAAUCUUUCUGGUUGUUCAAAGCUUGAUAAAUUGCCAGAUGAGUUGGGCCAUGUUGCUUGUUUGACGAAGCUUGAUGUCAGUGGAAGUGGCAUAAGAGAAGUGCCCCCUUCUAUUGGUCUUUUGAAAAACCUCAAAGAACUAUCUCUUGCUGGAUGUAAAGCAAAGUCACCUAAAUCAUGGAAUAUGAUGUUCAACCCGUUUCAGUUAUUCCAGAAAAGAAGUCCCAGUCUGGCAGGAUUAUCUCUGGCUUGUUUAUCUGGUUUGCAUUCAUUAACUGAAUUGAAUCUAAGUGACUGCAAUCUCUCUGAAGAAGCAAUCCCCAGUGAUUUUGGAGGCUUAGCGUCAUUGAGAUUGUUAGAUUUGAGUGAAAAUCAAUUUGUUGAGCUACCUGAGAGCAUCAGCCAAUUAGCGUCACUGAGAUGCUUAAAUCUGAGUAAAAACCAGCUUGUUAAACUACCCGACAGCAUCAGCCAACUCUCCAGACUUAGAUAUCUACAUUUGAAUUGGUGCCACAACCUUCAGACAUUACCAGAUCUUCCAUCUCAUCUACGGUUACACCUUAGCAACUGCAUAUCUUUAGAUACAUUGCCCAAUAAAAAAGGAGAAUGCAAUCCGGUGCUCGAAGCGAGAUGUGUCAACUGUUUCAAAAUGGUGGAGAAUGAGACUUGCAGGAAUAUAGCACUUUCAUUGCUAACACGCUACCUGAAGUUACGACGUUUUGAAGAUCAGACUUUUGACUUCAUUGCUCCUGGAAAUGAAAUUCCGGAGUGGUACGGUUACCAAAGUGCGGGGUCUUCUUUAACUGUAGAGCUGCAUCCAGGUUGGUUUACUAAAAAGUUCAUGGGAUUCGCCUUGUGUGUCGUGUUCAAACCUGUGAAACCACUUCCGUCAUGGUUAAAUUGGUCCAUAAGUUGCAGAUUGAAGGUCAAUGAACAAUUCUUGGGUGGCUUUGGUAUACUGUUUUGGGAAAAAACUGGUCAGCCUGCGUUGGAUCACAUUUGGUUAACCUAUUUGCAUCGUGAUAGAUACUGUUAUAGACAUUACCCCCAACAUGAGUGGCAGGAUAUCCACUAUCAGCUUGUAUUCUCAUUUCUGUCCUCAUCCCGGGGCGGAAUAUUCGAUGAGGAAAUUGUGCAAGUGAAGAAGUGUGGAGUGCGCAUGGUGUAUGAGGAAGAUGCAGAGGAGCUUUGGCAAAGAGUAUUGAAGCAGAGCAACGUUGGUAUUAAUACCAAGAGAAGCCUUGAACACUUUGAUGAUGAUGAUGAUGAUGGUGCAUCAUCUAGUAGUGCAACUCAGGCUCGUCCAAAAAGAUUUAAACAACUCCAUUGACGGCGCAGGACCUAAUAAGACCACUGCAUACAUAUCAUAACAAGUAAGCUUGUAAAAGUCUUCUAUGCAUGGGAGCUUUCAUAGAUUGCAUCAUCCUCCACACCACACUUCUAAAUUUCUGAUAUCUCAUUAAUAUCCCAAGUUUUCAUUAA